AUGGACUCCGUCAAGGAGUUCCUCUACGAGGUCUGCAUUCCGGCCAUCGUGCUUCUAUGCGUGCUCGCCGCCCUUCUCAACAUCGCCGUCUUCUCAUCACGAUUUCACGUCAAGUCAAGGACCUCGUCGCUCGAACUAACCUACUCGUUGGCUCUUUCCGACACCUGGACGAGCAUCGUCAUCGCCACGUCGCUCUUCUGGAACAGCUACAAGCCGGUCGUUUUGCAAUGGCACCAUCAUUCAUUCUGCUUUCCGCUGACACUUGAAGCGUUUCGCACCGGCGGACUCCUCACCGGCAUUUUUCAUCUUGUCGCUCUCGCCUUCUCCCACUAUCUUCAAAUUCUACGGCCGUUCGAUCAUCACAAAAUCCUGCCAAUCCGCGCCAUUCACCUCAUCAUCUUCCUCAUGUGGGCCACGCCACCAUUCGCCCUCAUGAUCUACUUCGCCAGUUGGCACGGACAAGGCUACCGCAACGAAUCGUGUUUGGGAAUCGACUUCUACGAGAACUUCUACUUUCGCGCCAACAUCUCGCUGAUCAUCAUCACGCUGAUCAUCGCCACCACCGCCUUCUACAUUCGCAUGUUGCAGAAGAUCAGCGAGGUGCGCAACAAGAGCACCGUGACCGCGUCGGCGCGCGGCAAACGCACCGUCGUCACCGCCGUCCUCAUCUUCGGAACAAAACAAUCCGUCUGGAUUACCGUGCUUUCAAUAGUGGUUCUGGUGAACAUCAUGAUAAAAACGUUGACGAAUCCGAUCAUCUACGCGACGCGCAUCCCGGAAAUCCGCCAGUUCGUCGUCCAAAAGCUCCUAUGGCGUCUAAUCCCAUUGCGCGAGGUCAACCAAAGCGAGGUGUUUCAGCCGCUGCGAGCCGCCGAACGACCAUCGACCAUGAUCUAA